AUGUUUGGAGAGAAAGGUGCAAGGGUUCCAAUCUGGAGAGGAGGGGUCAGGAUCCCUGGGAAAGGACCCUCUCAGGACACAGGAACGAGCCAAAAUUUUUCCACUGAAGACACAGUGACCAGCCCUGAAGACUCAGAGAUAAGAAAACACUCUAUCGAUGACAUGGAGAGCCUGGAGCACCAUGUCACUGAUCCUGGUCCAGGCACAACUGAGGUCCACACCACGGCAGAGAUAGGGACUCCUGAGGACUAUGGCACUGCACACCCAGAGACCACUGGGAGCCAUUUCACUGCAGAUGCAAGGACUCCCAAGGACAAUACAAUCACAGACCUGGGACCACAGAAGACUACACCACCACAGACCCCAGGACCACAGAGGACGACACCACCAUAGAACUGGGGACCACAGAGGACGACACAAUCACAGAUCCGGGGGACCACAGAGGAUGAUACCACUAAACAUCCAGACAAUCAACCAGAGGGAACAGACUCAGUACCAACAGUGAAACUGGGCUCCUGACACCAAUCAGAACCAUCCUUAUUUCCCUGGCUGCCACCAAUGUCACUGCUGCACACUUUGUUGGAUUUGGCUUCCUUUUGGUGGGUAUUUGGACCCCAAAAUGUGGAGGACAUUAUGGGAAUGAGGCAUCCGAGGAGGAUGAGGUGGGCAAGUGGGGCUGAGACAUGAGAAACCGUCAGAGGCGAGGAAACCCACACAGAGAGCUUUGCAGAGAGACAGAGAUGGACAGAAAGAAAAGGAGCAAGGCAGGAAUAAACCUUGAGGGCAGAACUAAGGGAGAGAGGAAGGUUUAAGAGAUAGAGGGAGGAAGAAAGAAGGAGGGAAGGGGAAGAGGGUAUGGAGAGAGAUAAAGCUGACGGAAAGAGGACCAUAAAAAUGCAUGUAGUAAGACAUGGUGAGAGCUGGAGCAAGACCUAAAUAGUUUAGGUAAAGAUACAUGUAAAAAUUUGGAAAUUUUCAUAAGAAGAUGAGAAGUUGGGGGUAACAGAGGAGAAAAUGGAAACAUUUUGGAUGUCCACUCAUGUCAAAAAUUAUAUUAUUUUGGAGUUCCCACUGUGGCACAGUGGAUUAAGAAUCCAAAUCCAGCGGCUUGGGUUGCUGGGGAGGCACAAAUUCAAUUCCCAGCUUCCAUAUGCCUCAGGGGUGGCCAUAA